AUGCUCCUAAGCUUCAUUUACAAGGUGCUGGCGCAGGUGGUUGCAGACAGGAUGAAAGGCGUCCUGAACGAGGUAAUCUCACCAGAUAAGUACGUUUUCCUGCCGGGCCGGAGGCUUUCUGACGCGGUGGGGCUGGUUGCAGACGUGAUCGAAGCUGCAAAGAACGAAAAGGCGGACUGGUAUCUCUUGCUGGUGGACUUCAAGAAGGCCUUUCAUUCCGUCUCGAGAAGCUAUCUGUUCUCGGUGUUGGAAAAGAUGGGCUUCCCUAGCAAGUUUGUCGACUGGAUCAAGCCGCUGGCACAGGAAGCCGCGAACCAAAAUCUGGGCCUCACAGGAGGUGAUCACCGACUAGCAUUCCUGGGAAUCCUGAAGCUGACACACAACUUCAUGUCCGGGAACCGGGCCUCCACAGAUAAGGCCUUCAUUUUGUGGAGCAAGAAGCUGCUAUACAUGUCUAAAGAGGAUGGGGGAGUAGGGGUGAAUGACCCGGAGAUAGCCCUCAUCUGCCUCACGGCGAGACGCAUCAGUUUGCUCCUCACCGAGACGAACGAGUUGAAAUGGGACAUCAUGCUUAAGGCCUCUGACCUGCCGCUGGGGUUGGACACCUUUGUCUCUUACAUCAAGCUCCUGAAGUGCUGGCAUGGGAAGAGUGAGAGAUGGAAGUUGGCCUGCGGAAACUUCAUGCAAUCGCCGCUGGCUGAUACAUCGCCAGUGCUAUCACGGGCUGAGGCGGAAAAGGAGAGGAUCGUUUUCAACCGCCAUAUUCUGCUAAACGGGAGGACCCCGGCGGGAGGGCAGAAGGCAGCAAAGAAGCUCUAUGAAGUUUGUCUUAGCAACUUGCUAUGUCCGGACGGCGCGGGGGCAGGCGGACUAAGGAUGUAA